AUCAUUCGUCGCUUCAAGUUCAUGAGAGAAUGUCGUCACCUGUCGAGCAGAUGGAGAAUGUGGAGUACGGUAAGCCCAACCCGAACCGACGGACGAUAAAGCUUUUCGCGGAGUACGAUGCUCUGUACGAGAAGCAGCAUAACGAUAUGGAUGUGAACAAACCGAUGGAGCUGUUGGAGCAAUCGGAAGUGUUUGGAAUAUAUUCUCCAACCACCAUGGAGAUUAUUUCGAUUGCGAAGGAAGAAGGAGAUGUUCUCAGCGACCAAUCAUUGAAUUUUCUCAAUGAAGCGCUGAAAUAUACCGUCGUUCCACAAGGAUAUUCUCCACAAUGAAGUGAUGCUCUAAACACUGAAAAACGUCGCCAGUGUCACAAAGGAUUUCCUUGGCGCGGGAAAGAUUAUUUUUGACAAGUUUCCCAAGUUUCUUCAGAUCUUUGGACCACUCGGAUCACUUAUCAAAGACAUUAUCGACAUGGCGAAACCAGAAAAGAAAGACCCUGUGCUUGAAGAGUUGGGAAAUCUCAAGGGUCAACUUCAAUCGCUCUCGCAAAAGAUGGUCGUCCAAUUUGACGAAUUAAAAUCGUUCAUGGUGGAGAAAGAUUUCUAUAAUAAUUAUGCUCACAAGGCUUCUCUUCUUUUCGAAUACAUGAUGGACUGUGCGACUGUUGACAAGAAAGCGAAGGAACGAUUUGAAGAAUGCUACAAGGAAAUGAAGCCAGAGAGAUAUGUCACAGAAAUGAUGAUCAAGCUGGAGUCGGACGUGACGAACCCUCUCAAAGUGAUUAUGGCGGGAGACGAUCUGACUUCAAAAGCAACAUUUGAAAAGUGGAAAAGCGUGCUCGCAAGCACACUUGCACAAUUCUUGAUGUUGGAAUGCUUCGCUAUGGGACUUCUUCAUCCAAAAGACGAAAGUGACAGUAAGAAAAUCAUGGAAAAGAUGACUUACUACUCUACGCUGGUCCAACAAUGGGAGAAGCAUUAUUUGAACGAUAGACCAUACUGGCAAAAACUCAAAAAGUAUGUGCAGAGAAUUCAAUUCGUUUAACAAGGACGAAGACAUGGCCGACGCGCUCUUGAAAGGAUUCGAGACCAUUUUCACAAAUGACAACUUCUAUAUAUGUGUUUUCGACAGAAACGUUCACUGCGAUUAUCACGCAGUGAAACCCGAAAUGGUGUUCGUCUCGACGAAUAACGGAAAGUUCAACGUGAUCAUUUCUCGUGCAUUUGAGCACAAUGAGUCGACAUGUUUGCAAUGGUGGGAAAAACUUUACGAUAUCAAGGAUCGGAAGGUUAAAGUAGGAAACAUUUUCUACUCUUUGACAAUUCAUAUGAAAGAAUUCCUUCAAUCGGCUGUGGUAUCAUAUGCAAAGAACGAGUUCAAGGGAUGCUCGUACUUCUUGGCGAUUACUUCCCAAGAUGUGGCUGUCAGAUGGACGAAAAAAAAUGAGGCUGCUAACUAUAAGGGUCCAGGAUUCUUCAAUUGGGAUGGAGAACUGAUGGUUUACAAUGUCCUUAAUGCCAAGUGGUUUAUGCUCUACAUGGUUGGAGAGUAAUUUUCCCUGUAGUCGUUUCAGUUCAAACUUAGUUUAGCGCGUCAGAAGAACUUUUUCGAACUUUUAUUUUGUGUUGUAAAUGUAUGAUUUGUAAAAUUUAAUAGUAAAAUGUUCCAUU